AUGGCGAAUAGGAUAGAAAGAUUAGCCCAUAGACUAAAAAAUACUUGGAUAUCAUUGGUCAACCAAUACUUGGUUAUCAUUGGUCAACCACCAUUUCUUAACCGAGAGGUGGAGAUUGAUGAUGAAGAUAGGCUUUGUUCUCUUGUUUUUUGUUCAAGUGUUAACAUCCAGAAACCUUUGCUUCUUCUUCCUCCUCUAUUCAUCACCAUUUUCAUCUCCAUCUCCCCAUCAAUUUCUCUCUCUUUUGGCCUCAAAGAUAGCUUUGUUCAAUGUUUUUCCUCAAAUACAACAAUCACUAAUAAUAAUGCAACUUCGCAAGUCAUAUUCACCCAAAAUGACCCGUCCUAUCAACCCAUUCUUCACUCUUCCAUCAGAAAUCUCAUGUUCUCACACAAGUCAACCCCAAAACCAAUCCUUAUCGUCACUCCAAAUAACAUCUUUCAAAUCCAAUCUGCCAUCACCUGUUCAAAACAACACGGUUUACAGGUUAGAGUUCGAAGUGGAGGUCAUGAUUAUGAAGGUCUUUCUUAUACCUCCCAUGUUGAACCUUUCAUAGUUAUCGAUCUUUUUCAUCUUAGAUCGAUAAGUAUAAACCUUGAAGACGAAACUGCUUGGGUUGAAUCAGGAGCAACAGUUGGAGAGUUAUAUCAUGAAAUUGCUAAAGCAAGCAGUAUCCAUGGCUUCCCUGCAGGAAGCUGUCCCACAAUGGGCAUAGGAGGACAUGUAAGUGGUGGUGGAUUCGGUACUAUUUUCAGAAAAUAUGGUUUAGCAGCUGACAACGUUGUUGAUGCUAAAAUGGUGGAUUCUGAGGGUAGAAUCUUGAAUCGAACAUUAAUGGGAGAAGAUCUGUUUUGGGCCAUACGAGGAGGAGGAGGAUCAAGCUUUGGUGUUAUCACUUCAUGGAAAGUUAAAAUCUUACGUGUCCCCCCAACAGUAACAAUCUUUGAUAUUUCUACAAAUGUUCUUGAAGAUGAUGAUGACUCAGCAAAACCAUUCAUGCAGUGGCAAAAUAUAGCAGAUAAGCUUCCUGGGGAGAUUUUUCUUCAUGCAGUAACGGGAACUGGAAAUGUUAAUCUGAAUGGUUCAUCUUCUAAAACUACUAAAAUUUCUUUCACAGGAUUGUAUCUUGGAGAAGCUGAUAAGGCUGUGACUUUGAUGAGUGAGAAUUUUGCAGAAUUGGGUUUGCAGAGAAAUAACUGCAAACAAAUGAGUUGGAUUCAAUCUGUUCUUUAUUUUGCAGGAUACUCAGUGAACUCCUCCAUUAAUGUGCUACUUCAAAGAAACCAAAAAUCUCAGAUCAGUUUCAAAGCAAAAUCCGACUAUGUAACGAAACCUGUUCCUUUGUCUGGUUUGAAAAGGCUAUGGAAGAUUCUAUUAUCUGAGGAUAAUCCUCCAUCGUUGAUACUGACACCUUAUGGAGGAAGAAUGAGUGAGAUUUCAGAAUCAGAAACCCCAUUUCCACAUAGAAGAGGGAUCAUAUAUGGGAUUCAAUAUUAUGUGUCGUGGGAUUCGAAUAAUAAUAAUGGGACGACAGACAAAUAUUAUUUGACGAUGAUGAGAAGAUUGUACAAUUACAUGACACCGUAUGUUUCGAAGAAUCCGAGGGCUGCGUAUUUGAAUUAUAGAGACUUAGAUUUGGGGGUGAAUACAGGUCUAAAUACAAGCUAUGAAGAAGCAAGAUCUUCUUGGGGAUCUAAGUAUUUCAAGAAUAAUUUCCAAAGAUUGGCUAAAGUGAAAGCUUCUGUUGAUCCUGGCAACUUUUUCUGGAAUGAGCAGAGCAUACCUCCUUUGACUGUUAUCUGAUAGAAGACACACACACACACACACAUAUGGAAAUUUAGGUUUGUUGAUUCUUAAUUAUUGUCGAUGGAGUUCUAGAGUUUCAAGAAAGAAUUGUUGAAUAUCCAAACUCUUCUGUCAGCAAAUAUGAAUAUGAUGAAUAAUAAAGGGAAGUUUAUUUUAUUA